GAGAGAGUUGUGCAGAGGUUCCUCUAGUGAAGCUUCAUCUAAGCUCUAUUCGCAGUUGUCCUUGCUGCUGAACUGAAUGUCUACCAAUGAAUACAUCAGUGACUGAAAUGCAGUAGAAUCUGAGCGCAUGUUGCAGCAUAAGUCAGGACUGCCGUGCUUCCCCUGCAGCUACCACUCAAGAUCAGAAAGACAAUUCAGCAGGAGAUGAGCGACGACAUCGGGAUGCAAAGUAAAGCUUGUGAUGUCGGAUGCCUGUUCUGCAUUGAUGCUGAGUUUUGAGGGAGAUUUGAGCUUCAGCACACCUUAGAGGACGAUAUUGUGGACAAAAACAAGUUCACUGUGGAAGGAUUCAGGAUGAUCUUAGGAAGUGUAAACCGAGCAGGGCCGGUCCCUGCCUUCCUCAGGAGCCCAGCCGUCAUCCCACCGUCACCUUUGGAUAUGAAGCCCUUCCUACAAUUUCCCCUGGAGUCGCCGCACCCUGCCACUCUGGGUCUCUUCCACAACUUUAAUACAAUGGACCCCGUCCAGAAAGCCGUAAUGACGCACACUUUUGGGCACCCCAUGGUGAAGACCAAGCGACCCGUAAUCUCCUGCAAUGUCUGUCAAAUUCGGUUCAACUCAGAGAGUCAGGCAGAGGCUCACUAUAAGGGUAACAGGCACGCUCGCAGAGUUAAAGGCAUCGAAACGUCCAAGACAGCUCGUCUUCAAGAUGGCGACAAGCAGCACCCUCCCCCCACGACUUCACCCUCCCCGUCAGGCCCGUCACCAUCCAACCUGGAUCCCGAUCCUAAUAAGCAGGACGACAACCGAUCCUGUCCCACCUCUGAGUCAUAUUUGACCCCAAGCCACCAGACACAGGCAGCAAGUUCAGCGGAAGCAGAGUGUCCCUCCUUAGCAUCUACGGGCACACCUUUACCAUCAUCCCCUUCACCGGAUGCCAUCAUCAACACGCCACUUGCAGACUCAGCAGGGCCAAAUCUUCCUGACACCCCAUCUCCAGCACCCAGCCCUCCUUCUGGAGAGUCCGAGGAGGAGAAAGCUAAGAAGCUUCUCUACUGCUCCUUAUGCAAAGUUGCAGUUAAUUCCCUCUCACAGCUGGAGGCUCACAACAAAGGUACAAAACACAAAACAAUUCUGGAGGCACGGAGUGGACUGGGGCCAAUUAAAGCGUACCCACGUCUAGGUCUGAAAGGCCCCGAACAGGGUGGGGAGCUGUCGUCUGACCCCAACACUCAGGAAAGAACCUUCCACUGUGAGAUCUGCAAUGUCAGGGUCAACUCUGAACUACAACUUAAACAACAUAUUUCCAGCCGUAGGCAUCGAGAUGGAGUUGCAGGGAAGCCCAAUCCUCUACUCAGUCGCCACAAGAAGCGUGCUGACUUUAUGGAACUUCCAAAAACUCUUGGGGCAGGACUUUUACCAAAUCCUCUGGCUGUUGCAGCAGCCAUGGCCGCUGCGGCAUCCUCAAAUCAGCUGGCACUUCGUGCUCCUGGACCUCCAGCCCAUCCUCACCCCCAUCACCAUCUGCUCCAGGGGGCACCCCUCAGCCUGCUGAGGCCCGCUCCGGGGCCCAUACGCACUACGCACGGGCCAAUUCUCUUCACUCCGUACUAAUAGCGCGAGGAUGAGGAGGAGUCAGAAAGAAGCACACUGUGAAGCUGAGAGCCGAAACUAGCUGGUGUUUCAUUAUAGUCAAAAUUGUGACUGACGCUCAUCGGUGCAUACUGCAGUUGCAGAAAGCUGCUGCAGUUAUGCUAACAGGGAGAACCAGAGAUAUCUGACAACUUGAAGACUUUUCAAACAGAGAGCUUACGUUUCCAUCUGAUCCACUUGCCCUCCAUCAAUAAAGUUAUCACCGGUAAUGAACCUGUGAAAAUGAGGAUGUGGACUAUUAAAUCCACUUCCACUUUGCAGGGGGCUUAACCGCAGUAUUUGAAACCCUACCUCUUCAAUGAUUCAAAUCUUCUCCACAUCUGAUGCAUUAAUUUCAUGAGAGAAAAAAAAAAAAGAAACCCGCUGGGUUCUAUAUUGUGGUCUCUUCUGGUGUUAGCUGUUAGCAAUCACUGUGUAAUGGGUCCCUCACUUUUUUGUGGUCAAUCCAUUUGUGUUGCUGCUGGAGUCUCCUGCAACAUUUGUACUGUAUGUCUAGGAUCUUCCCAGCUGGCUUAGGGGGUCUGUAUUUACCUCUGUGGGACACAAACAGGGAGUAAAAGAGGAACAGAAUAUACAUUACGUCUUAAAGAAGAUAUUCAAAGAAGCACCUUAACCAUGUGAAUGGGUUGGCAAAAUUGUAGUUGUGGUGAAGAAGUACUAUGCAGCUAUCAGUGUUAAUAUUUGUGGUCUGAUUAGAUGUUGAAGUUGGAGCGGGGAAAAACAAGCUAAAGGAACAUCAGGGAAGACUAAGCAAGUAUCUUUAGGUUUAGAUCUACAUGUUAAUUGUCUGAUGAGCCCCAGAUGUUUCCCUGGUAACGUGUUCAAAAAAAGUGACUUUGCACUGGGGUAAACGUCUGCAUGUAAGUGAUUUUUAAAUGCAUUUAAAUGCUUUAAUUUACGUUUCACUGCACAAAACAGAAAAGUUUCCAUAUCUCAGAGAAAGACUUGCAACACUGUGAGCACAGCAGGGCAAUGAGUAAGUAAAAUAGUAGCAGCUACUUGCAAAAUGGGGAUAACCAGUUCACACAUACAGUGGGGCAAGUAUUUAGUCAACCACUAAUUGUGCAAGUUCUCCCACAUGAAAAUAUUAGAGAG